AUGGAGGAUGUAAAGUACACAUAUGCUCUUACAGGCGGAAUCAUAGAAAUCUUUGUGCCCGCAAGUAAUGGAUUUUGUUCGACUGCACGAGACAAAAAAACAACGACCCAUGGAACUGACAAAAGACGUCUGGGCUUUGCAGUAAAAAACUUUAUUCGAUGGUUCUUGCCCGAUAAACAGAUGAAGCCGGAUGCAAAAACAACACUUGUUUUUGGAUCUAUUCAAGCUGUCACCGCGUGUUUUGCUGGAUUUGCGCAUGGCGCGAAUGACGUCGCAAAUGCGAUAGCACCACUAGCGGCACUUUUAUCAAUAUACACAGAAAUGGAUGUUCAGCAAGAGGGAGAAACACCAAUUUAUGUGCUGCUUUACGGCGUUCUAGCUAUUUGUGUUGGUUUGGUGACAUUGGGUCAUAAAGUCAUCCGCACUGUUGGCACUAAAAUGUCCGAAAUCAACCCAGCUAGGUAGCG